UUUUUCUAUUUUGGAAGGAGGAUGUGUUGAUUUUGAAUUGUAAAAUUUCAAAAUUUGUAACAUAAUGUCGACACCAUUGGAGCAACAGGCUGAGGAAAGAGAGGCACUGCAGGCCAUUUACGAAGGCGAUUCCAACUUUAAGGAAAUAGACAGUGCAACCUUUCAAUAUAAAUAUGGCGAAGAAGAUAACUACAAGUCCUUUCUCGUGGAGCUAAAGUGGGGUGAAAAAUAUCCAGAUGAACCGCCCACGAUUAACAUGAACACAUUCUACAAUCGCAAUCUGAUACCUGCAGUCAAAGACGAGAUUCAGGCCGCUCUUAGCAAUGAAGCUGGCCAGUGGCUGGGAUGUGGCAUGACCUACACUCUUUUUGAGUGCCUUAAGGAUAAUAUUGAGGAAUUGACUGCCGCCCAACUGGAGCCAAUUCCUUGUGUUUCAGCUGCGGAAGAUGGAGUGGCUGCAUUAAAAAUAUCCGACACUAGCGGCCUUGAUGCAAAGAAAAAGGAUCCCAAAAAAGAGCAGCUAACGAAAGCACAAAAGCGGCGCCAAUGGGAGCGCACCGAUCACAAAGGAGAUCGUCCACGAGGUUGGGAUUGGGUAGAUAUUGUUAAGCAUUUGUCCCAAACUGGCAGUAAGGAUGAUGCAGUCGCGUCCGCAGAAAGUGCAGCAGCGGCAUUCUCAGCAAUGUUACAUCCACUGAAUUCUUAGGGAUAAAGUAGCACAAUCACUGCUUGUUUAGUUAACUAAUUAAGGUUUGUACAAAUCCAGUAGUGGGUAAAACAGAAGCAGUAAAAAUAAAAUACUGUUUUCUACACAUACAUA